GCUUGUGUAAGUUCAACGAGUUUCUCUGCAGCAUAACGUUUGGGUUUUGAAGAACAGAGCAUAAGGUCAUCACUUUGCACAUCAUUCAAAAGGUAAAAAUGGAUUUCUUUAAAGAAUUGAGAGAGCUACGGGGUAACCAGGGUGGGGAGGAAGAAGAGGGGGUGAUUGCCGCGGAACCUAUCGCGAUGAUAGUACCACCGUGUCUGCAGGAUUUUCCGGAGACAAUGACGCCGGAGAGCAGCGCCAGUUCAAGCGCCGGAGAUAAUGGUGAUGGCCACCACGCUUCACCGUCUAGCAGUUCGCCUUCUGGGGAUUCGUCAAAUCAUGAGGAAGAGCCGAAGAACGUAGGUGGUAACGAACACGGUCUGCCCGCGGCUGGAGAAUGGGAGAAUAAGGGCGGCGCUUCAUCACGAAGUAGCGGACAGCGCGCCCUCAAUAAGUGGGUACAAGAGGCUGGAGGAGAUGAUAAGAGAGUACCAAAUCCCCAGGACAAUAUUGGUGCGAACUGGCGGGCAGAACGAGAGGGCUUGCUCAGUGUCGCAGACGGGCUGGAUACUUGUCUGACGCCCAACAGCGUAAGGUUCAUUGUGGGCUUUAUGCUGUUGUGCGCGAGACUGGAGGUACCAGCCAAGGCGAUAGUGUUCAGGUUGCUGUUCCAGUGCCCGUUGUGUCCGAACGCAAAAGGAGCGAAGUGGUACUACCUCUCUGGGAGGAACAAGAGCCAGCUCUUCAAAAACGUAAGGAAUAAAGUGGCGCGGUGGAAAAGGCAGUUCAUUUUCGUUCGCGACACGCGAACAGAGAAGGUAAGCAAUGACCUCGCUGCCCGGCUGUCGGAAUGGCGUACGCCAAAUGCGCACGUGAAUUAUCCCCAGCUGCUGCCACGGGACACGGACCUCAAGAACCGGCUGUUAGAGCACGCGAGACGUGAAAAUUUAGUAGAUCUAGAGGCCCUGGUUACCCCGAAGCUGCUCGCCGUGUUCGGGAGAAAUGAGCAGCAUUCUCGAACGCCAACGCCUACGAGCACAGAGCUCACGCGUCGCGGGCCGGGCAGCACCACACAAAGACAGACGCGGUUCGACGAGCGACCGCCAACCGCGCCUCAAUCGCGCAGCUCGUCCCAUCGAGGGUCCAGCUCGGCAUCUAGGCCGCGGGCUGAACACAAAGCUGAUGCUGCGGCCUGGAGUGCAUGUAGGCGUGCACGCGAGGAGAAUGAGAGCGAAGAAGAUGAGGUCCCCCUUGCUCAGCGCAGAACAAGCGGGGGGACUCAGCCCGCACAGGUGGCCUGUCCUGCAAUCGUGCGUUCACCCAACGCACCAUCAGUGACUGCGCGGGCAGUAGUAGAGCCCGCCUCUGCAUCGGCUUCGAUGUCGGGCCCUAGGAUUGCUUAUCUUGAGGGCUUCAGUUAUGUGCGGGUGGAGUGCCAGCCCGCCAUGUUGCAAGCCAUGCAUAGUUUUGUGCCCCCGGCGGAUAGUCGGCGGGCAAAAGCUUUUGUGCAGCAGCAUGGUGGCCAGGUCGCCAUGAUCAAACUGAUGGAUGCAUUCAACUACGCUGUAGUGCUCUACGAGAGCGAGCAGGAGGCUCGUUCACAGAACAACGAGCUCGGUUCAAAAUGCAAACAGCUGGCUGCUGAGAAGGCUAGCCUUGUGGACGAUGUGAAUCGUCUGCAAUGCUCUAAAAUGGCAAACCGAGCUGCGGCUGUAGAGAUCCGGGCGGACGAGCUCGCCCACAGGAACAAUGAGCUCAGGAAGGAGUUAGAGCGUGCUCGAGCUGAAAAAGAGAGCGGAAUCCAUGUGGCAAAGGACGAGGCCGCCAGGAUCGAGGAACGGGCGAAGAAGGCUGAGGCCGACAGGGACCAUGCUCAGCAUGAGCUGAGCUCCCUUAGGCACCAGGUCGCUGAGGCAGACUGGAACCUUACUGCUACCGGGGAGGCGUUGAACAAGCUGAAGACUUCCCAUGCACGCUCUGACGCCGUGGCGGUGGCAUCUGCAAAUGUAACCACGAAGAUCUACAACGAGAUUCGUGGGAAGGUGCUGCAACACCGCCCGGACUUCCCGAUUGGCGAACUGGCAUUCUUUGACGGGGAAGACCUGAACGAGCAAGGGAAGAGUCUCGCUCCCUUUGUCGACGCCACGGUAUGGUUGAGGUGGGACCUCAACAAGGAGGGAGUGCCUGUUUGGCCUCCUCAGGUCCUUGGGGACGGGGAGGAUCCAACAGGGCUGCCCUCCUUUGACGCAUGGGUAAAGGGUGCUCCUGUAGCUGAGCAGGAGCCUUCAAGCACCCUGCCCAACUCUCAGCCCGCUGUGGUGCCAGCCAGCUCGCCCGUCAGCACAUCAGCCUCUGAGCCCGCAGCUCGGUCUACUCCAGCUCGCUCUCCUGCAGCUGCUGCUGAUGCAUCCAUGCCCGUCGAUCUGACGGUGUCAUAACCCGAUUUUUCAUUAAGUUUAUUUAAGCUUUCCAUAUAAAAGAAAAAAAAAACA